AUGUCUAACUGCUCUUUCGUUAAUACCCUCCCAGAGUAUGUUCUAGAUCGGACAGUUAUCAUAAACGAUGCACACGAGCAUCACGUAAGUGGCUACAAGCUUGCCAAAGCAAGUGAAUACUUUAAACGCCAGCUUGUUGAACUGCGCCAAUGUGAAUUAGAAAAGUACCAACGCAAGGAAGAAUCUGAUGAGGUUCGACGUCAGAAUCGGCGUGCAAGGGCAAGGAGUCUAUGUGAGCUGGAACUUCAACCACUGGUUCUGAGAUACCCUGAUCUAUACGGCCUGGAGUGCGUUUUAUCCUUUAUACACUGCUGCGAGAAAACUCGAACCACUACUCUGAACACACGAUUGAGUACCAGUACUGCCGGUUCCAUGUUGAAGGCUGGCUUGCAUUUUCAGGUGCCCAGUUUCGUCAGCCACUGCCUCGACCUCAUAAAAAGUUCUUUAAGCAACGUCACAUGUUGGCGUUACUGGAAGUUAGCGGAAGAGCUAAACUCACAACUUCCAGAACUGCAUGUCAUGACUACGCGCUAUGUGUUAGCACAUUUUUUGGAUGCUGCUGAGACCGAGGAUUUCUUGGAACUGACAGCAGACGAGCUGAAAAAGCUGCUCAAAGAAGAUGCACUCAAUUGUACCGAUGAGAAGCGUUUGUUUUCGGUAGUUGAACGAUGGUUCUAUCACCGAAUGGAAAAGCGCAAAUCCCGCAUUCCGGAAUUGCUUGAGUGCCUUCGACUCGGAAGAUUGACACAUGAAGAACUUGAACAACUCUCGACCAACCCGCUUAUUCAAACGACCUGGGCGGCAUGUAGUCCGAUCAUUUUAAUGUCUCGAUUCUCUGUCGAAGAACUUAGUACCAAUCCAACCGGAAUUUUAACGAACAAAGCUGGGGAUGAAACUGAACUUCAUGCCUAUCUGAGGAGACCCCGACUUCCACACUCAGCCAUAUUCGUUGUCGGGGGCUGGGAGGGGAAUCAGGACGAUCCAAACUUUGGCCCCUCAAAGGCCAUCCAGGUAUACAAUUCCAGAGCUGAUACAUGGCGUCGCGUAGUCACAGAUGGUAUUGCAUUGGAUGAAGGACAUGCGUACUCUGGUUGCGUGCUCUACAAAACCCGUAUUUACGUCAUUGGAGGUUAUGUUUCCAGUGGACCGACUCAAACACUGAAGGUAUUCGAUUUGACAAACCUCACAUGGAAAUUUUUAUCCCCUAUGCACGAAAAGCGAAACUAUGUUUGUACCUGCAUCUUGGACAACGUAAUCUAUGCUAUAGGUGGGCACAACGGUAGACAUAGGUUGAGUUCUGUUGAACGCUACGAUGUAGAUCAAAAUCACUGGGCUUUUGUAUCACCCAUGCGACAAGUACGUAGCGAUGCCGGUGCGGACGCACUAAACGGUCGAAUCUACGUGAUCGGUGGAUUCGAUGGACAUCAUUUCUACGACUCUGUUGAAGUGUACGACCCCAAAACAGACCAGUGGUCCGCUGUAGCGCCAAUGCACAAUAUUCGCAGUGGAGUUAGUGUAAUUGUCUUUGACCGUUAUUUAUUUGCAAUCGGAGGGAAUGACGGACUACAACGACUGCGGACCGUCGAACGCUACGACCCAGAGACAAACCAGUGGCAAACAAUGCCGUCAAUGAUACGCCAAAGAAGCAAUUUCUGCAUCGCCAUUCUUGAAGGUAUGAUCUAUGUGAUGGGUGGAUGGAGCGAUGAAACAAAUUCAACAAUUGCACUGGUCGAGCGAUGGAAACCGAACUUGAUGAGUCAAUGGGAACCGUCAUCGUCGGAAAUAACGACGGUCCGUGCCACGUACUAG